GCAUUUUUCAGGCGUGCGAAAAACUCUAAGGUUGUUUCGGAAAAUUUUAAUUAAAUUCUUAUACACCUAUACCAAUACAGAAAGCGAAGUGAAAAUUGCAUAAAAGGUGUGAUUAAUCGAGUUAAACUUGCCUAUUAAGCAGCAGGUUUGGUCAACAGCGCUCAAUUAAACAUAGCCAGAGCGAACUAUCGCACGCAAUAUGGCGUGUCCUUUCUUUCGUCGCGCCGACUCGCUGGCGCGCCAGCCAUCGGUCACUGUGGAGCCGGGUGCUCAUUGGAACUUGGAAGACGAAGACCUGUCGCUGUCAGGCGAUGCUCUAACUUUGACCCAUCUGCAGAUGGCCAUACAGCUGCUGACAGCACCUUCGAAUGAGGAUCUCAACUCGGCAGUCACCUCACUGGUGGCCAAGUACCGACAGAGUUGGCCAAACAUUCAUAAGCUUAAGCUGGAUCCCAAGUUCUUCAAAAACUGCACCAACUAUGAUUAUUUGGCAGACAUUCAGGAGUUGCUCUUGAAGAUGGACGAGGCCAGCGCCAGUGAGAUUCUUGUUCUACUUGGCGAGGAGCUGAUCACGUGCUGCUGCACUGGCAUCAUCGAGCGAGCUUUCCGUUGUCUAGGCACCGAUCUUCAGGAGUUUUUGGGCUCGCUGGACGGGGUAUACGAUGUUCUAAAAUUGCAAGAGGACGAUGUUACCGAUACGGGCUUCGUGUGCGCGGGCGAUGGCGAGUUGAUCUUCACCUCGGAACGACCGGUAAUAGCCUGGCUAUUGCUUGGCUCCCUCAAGGCCCUGACUCGCAUGCUAUACAAGGUGGAUGUGAACAUUAAAAUUGAACCGGUGGAGGGUGAUGCGCGUCGCUAUCGUUAUUUGUUCUCCUUGGUCAAGGACAGCUCUCAGACAUUGCAGAUGGAGCGACCUGAAGAGACCAGCAAAUUGCUUGAGAAAGUGCAGCGCAGCAACUCGGCGAAUGCUUCCGAUCUGCAAAUGAACUCGUCAAGCUUCUGCAAGAUGUUUCCCUGGCACUUCAUCAUGAACGAACAGCUGGAACUGGUGCAGCUCGGACGGGGCUUCAGCAAGCUCUACAAGCCGUAUCUGACGGACUUCGGCUGCCAGGCUACCACCUACUUUGAUUUUAAGCGGCCCAAAGGCUUGACCAUGAAAUUCCGAGAAAUAGUGCGGCGCACCUACACGCCCUUUCUAAUUGGGCUAAACAGCCCGCCGGGAGUAUCCGAUUUUCCUGCUAUCGGAUUGGAGAUUAAGGGCCAAAUGGUACACUGCCCUGAAUCGAACUCAUUGCUAUUCAUUGGCUCGCCCUUCCUGGACGGCUUGGAUGGUCUGACCUGCAAUGGGCUGUUCAUCUCUGACAUUCCAUUGCACGAUGCUACACGCGAGGUGAUCUUAGUGGGUGAGCAAGCACGUGCUCAGGAUGGCCUACGUCGCCGCAUGGACAAGCUGAAGAGCAGCAUUGAGGAGGCUAACUCGGCAGUAACUAAGGAGCGCAAGAAGAACGUCAGCCUCCUGCACUUGAUCUUUCCGGCAGAGAUUGCCGAGAAAUUGUGGCUGGGCUCUUCUAUUGAUGCCAAGACCUAUCCGGAUGUGACCAUACUCUUCAGCGAUAUUGUUGGCUUUACCAGCAUUUGCUCCCGGGCUACGCCUUUCAUGGUCAUCAGUAUGCUAGAACGUUUGUACAAGGACUUUGAUGAAUUCUGCGACUUCUUUGACGUGUACAAGGUGGAGACCAUUGGAGAUGCUUAUUGUGUGGCAAGCGGAUUGCAUCGGGCCUCGAUCUACGAUGCCCACAAGGUGGCCUGGAUGGCGCUCAAGAUGCUCAGCGCUUGCUCCAAGCACAUUACACACGAUGGUGAACAAAUCAAAAUGCGCAUCGGUCUGCACACUGGCACGGUGCUCGCGGGUGUAGUUGGUCGCAAAAUGCCAAGGUACUGUCUGUUUGGGCACAACGUGACCAUUGCCAAUAAGUUUGAAUCGAGCAGCGAAGCGUUGAAGAUCAAUGUUAGCCCAACAACAAAAGAUUGGCUAACCAAGCAUGACCGCUUUGCCUUUGAUCUGCAACCACGCGAUCCCUCCUGCUUGCCAAAGGAGUUUCCCAAUUCGAAUGGCAACGGCACCUGCUAUUUCCUGGAGAGCUUCCGCAACCCGACACUGGACAGCAACCUGCCGCUGGAAGAGCAUAUUAAUGCAGCCAUGAAGACCAUAUCUGAGGGCGGCGAUGCCUAAACAUCUAUAGAAUCACUUGCUCAGUAGCC